AUGAGUAUGUUACUCCUCUCUCACUGCCUCAUUCUUCACCAUCUCAUGGCUGGCACAACGUCUUUCAGGGAGUCACGCUCUGAUAUGGUCGUAGUGGAACCUCCAUCAUUACUCGAGCGAGCAGAACUUACUCGACCAAUUCCGGAAAAUGCAAGAAAACUUGCGCAUCUAGUCGAAGUAACGGAACAAAGGGUGGAAGUCGGGGACCACAACGUCUUCUACCGUGAAGCCCUUCCUCCAGAUAGUCAUUAUGCCAAAGCUGCAGUUGUUUUUCUACACGGCCAAGCCUACUCCUCGUCCACAUGGAUGGAUCGAGGGUCCCUGAGCACUUUUGCAGCUCUCGGAUAUCACUGUAUUGCACCGGAUUUGCCGGGAUCUGGACAGACUCGAGGUCCGGCAGUUAGUGUUCAUGACAAACCGCAGUUCUUACUUUCUUUUCUUGAUGCUAUAGGUAUCAAACACGUUAUGGUGGUGGCAGCAUCGAUGUCAGCUCAAUAUGUUCUUCCGCUGUUAGCUCGUGACAUUUUUGUCUGUGCCGUAGGAAUAGCUCCAUCAAACACUCACGAAAUUGUGCAACCAGCCCUCUACAGGACCCCCAUACUAGUGCUUUGGGGAGAUCACGACACCUCACUUGGCCCAACAGCUGCUGCAAAUCUGCGUGUUUUGCCAAAUGCUCGACUUCACAAAAUCCCAAAUGCUGGUCAUGCUUGCUACCUUAGCAAUGCUCAAGCUUUCGAAGAAGUUUGCGUCAACUUUUUCGACCUCGUCCGGAAUUAUCACGCCUUAUGAUGCUUUCUCUGCUUUUUUCUGGUCACUGAUCUUCAUCGAAAGAAAUUCCAAAAAAGAAUGUUGCCAUAUUGCUGCUCAAUGUGUGUUCGUGUUACUGAUGAGAUUAUUCCCUUUCUACCAGCAUUGUGUGCUCUUUUAAUGCUUCAUUUCUUCAUUACGUGUACUUUUUUCUCUAGAUUUUCGGCUUAGAUUUCCGGUUUUCGCGCUGUCAGCCAGUUUCUGAUUUUUUAGAUUUUAGCGGUUCAAAUCAGAUUGUGGAUUGUUUCUUUUUCUCUAGUAUUUUCGCUACCGCGUGCGUAUGUUGUCUUUCCCAGUAUGUUGCUACCAAAUGCUGCUACUUUGUCACUUUUAUGCCAAUCCGGUUCUAUUCUGUCAUAUGCUAUUCGCUGUAUAUACAGUUUACGCA